AUGGCAUCUAACCUUUAUACACAACUCAUCGAGUGCGAUAGACUGCCUUUUCCCUUGUUGGAAAGCUUAUUGUCCUUCGAAUGCUACUCGUCUCAACAGGUUUGCGGCAACGCAGACUAUACUCCUUUCUACACAAAUUCAGAUUUUGAUACACAACCAUGCUAUGACGAUGUCGACGGCAAUUCUAAUAGAGAGCAGACCAUUCUUGAGCACCAUUGGAUUCAGAAAGUUCGACAACCAUUGAAUGCCCUCUUACGCGAGAGGUUUCAAUUGUUCAUCAACACAGUGCAGUAUGUGGCACCUCAAAACAACAACAAAUUCCAUAACGAGGACUUUUAUUCUUCAGAUGGACCAGUAGUGUCAACGCGCCUCAUGAACUUGUUUGGCAAUACUGUUCAUGAAUACAAAGACGACGGGUUUGUCCUCGUUUCACCGCCAAAAAGGAAUCUUCACUAUGCUUGCCCUUUCGAAACCGUGUAUCCUGAACGAUACGGACGAUGCUCUUCACAGCACAGUUUAUUGUCAAUGGAUGAUGUUAUGGGCCACCUCGAAGGUCAUCACGUUGACCCAUUGUACUGCCCAAUGUGUUCAGAAAUCUUUGAGACAUUGAUUCACCGGGAUCGACAUAUUAUUAAGAGAUCUUGCGAGCUUCAAGAACUACAAGUACCAAAGGGGAUCAAUGCACAUGAGGAAAAUGCAUUGAUGAGGAUAGUGAAGAUGAAUAUCAGCGAUGAAGAAAGAUGGAAUCGCAUCUUUACCACCAUCUUCCCAAAUACAGAGCCUCCGUUGUCCCCAUACCUGGACAGUGGCAGGCGAUUGACGAUUUCUGUCGCCCGGGAUUAUUUUAUGGUGGAUGGGAGACGCUGUGUCUCUGAACUUCUGCAGGCGCAGGGACUCAACACGAAUGUGGAAGGGGAUCAACAUGCACAAGCUGCGCUGUGUCAGCUGGCGUUGGAGGAUCUUCUUAGUGACAUCAUGGAAAGGUAUAGGGACGCAGACAACUGA